AUGGAUUUUCACAGACCAAAUUCGACACUGAACUCUCUCGACAGGAAACCUUCCGCCUUUUCCUUUGACGACAACGCCACUCUCGACUCUAGCAUCCUGGACACGCCCGUCCUCAUGUCGCCCACCACCAGCACCCAGGGCAUCUUCUCACCCGACACUUCCAUCUGGGAGGACUUUUCAAAUGGCCAAUUCGUCGACCGCACUGCCACCAGCUCUGUUGUCAACACCAACGGCAACAACCCUUUCUUUACCGAGCAAAGCAACAACCCCUUCGCCCGGUUACCACCCAACCAAGCUGCUACCUACGGCCAGCAGUCAUGGCCCGUGACCGACAACUCUGGUUCCAGGACGCCCACAGCCCCCAAGCCGCUGAACCCCUUCGGCCCAGGUGACUUUGGAGCUGCACCCUUUGUCGAGCAGCAGCAGAUGCCCUUCCACGGACUCCCCGUGCACCAGAAUGUCCGACCAAGCGCCGUCUUCCCCUCUGCCCCAGAGCAACCCAUGUCGCCCCACACCCACUCCGACUGGAUGGCCUUCAACCAGCAGGAGAUGGACGCACGACCCGGACCCAAGCGAAUGAGGCCCAACACCCCUCCCCGCUCCUUUUCCCCACGUCGUGAUGGUGGCAUCCGGAAGAAGAACGCCCGCUUCGACAUCCCGGCUGAGCGCACCCUCGUCAACAUCGACAACCUCAUCCAGAGCUGCACCAACGAGGAAGACCUCAAGGAGCUCAAGCAGCAAAAACGACUCCUCCGCAACAGGCAGGCCGCUCUCGACUCCCGGCAACGAAAGAAGAAGCACACCGAGGAGCUUGAAGAGGAGAAGAAGCAGUGGAUGGAGAAGAUCUGCCAGAUGCAAGAUGACUUUGCUGCCAUGCGCAUCGAGUACGACGCUCUUGUUGCUGAGAAGGAGAACUGGCACCGCGAGUCCAUGGAGAUGCACCACAUGGUCAACCAGCUCCAGUUCGACAAGGAGGAGCUUGUGCGCAACCACACUCUUGAAACCGGCGAGCUUCGCAAGAAGGUCUCUGUCCUUACUGAACGCCUCGAGGCUGCUACUAGCAACGGCAUGGCUGCUGCACCUAGCUCUACCUUCACCGACUUUGCCUCUGAGAUGGACAACCUCAACAUGGGCAACAGUGACUGGGACAACUACAUCUUCGUCAACGACUUCGCUUCCGACGACCAGGCCACUCCCCAGCAGAACCAAGAACUUUCUCUUGUGUCCCGCAACAAGGACGAGGACAAGCCCGUCGCUUCUGGUCUCCUGCUUAUGCUCCUACUCUGCGGUGCCUUUGUCGCAAGCAAGUCCGGUAGCGCUCAGCCUCCCAUUCCUCGCAUGCCUGACGAGGUCCGUGCCGCUUCCGCUACCGUUCUCGACAGCAUCUUCAAGGAUGCCGGUGUGUCAUCUGCCAUGGGCGAGCAAGGUCUCAUUGCCAGCCACGUCACUGGUCUCGAGCCUACGCCUUCUGGCAUGGCUUGGCCAAAGACAACCAUGUCUGGCUCUGAACUCGCUGGUAUCUCUGGCUCGCAUCUUGACCAACUGCACUCUCAUCUCACUGGACCCACUAAGGAGCAAGAGCACGAGCAGCUGUUCUCCAUCACGCCCGACCAGUACAACAGCAUGACCUCUCUCGACUUUACUCGCUCGCGCUACAGCAUGACCAGCGAUGACCUCAGCGAUCCCCUGUCCCCUGGCUCUCAGCCUUCGCAUCGUCGCAACCUUGCCGAGACCCUCGCCGCCAUGCGUGAGCAAAGCAAGGGUGACUCUGCUGCCGAGAUCUACACUCGCAGUCUGCUCUGGGACAAGAUCGCCCCCGAGGUCGUUCACGAGUUCAAGCGCAUCGUCGAAGAGUCUGCUGCCAUGUCGCGACCCAGUACAUCCGACGGCACCAAAGUCGAGUGCUAA